AUGGACAGAGACCUGAACGAACUGCAAUUCCUUGGGUUCCUCGGCGUCUACAGAGAGACCUCAGAGAUCAUCGUCAAAUGGAGGAAGAUCUUUGCCCAGAUCACGCUCACGCUCAUCCUCCCUCUCUGUAUCAUUUUCCUCGCCCACUCCUUGGUCUCGCAGCUCCUCUCCUUCAACAUCCUCGACCACGAGAUCACCCAAAACGACAUCCGGGAGGAAGACACAAAUUACAGGGACCUGUCCCCAAUGCUCGAGAACGAGUGGGUCGCCUUCUGGUUCGUCAGGCUUGGCUACUUUGUCCUAGUCUUCAUCUUCUCUCUGCUUUCGACAGCGGCUGUCGUCUACACAGUGGCUUGCGUUUUCGCCGCCAAGCAGAUUACUUUCAAGAAGAUCAUGAGUGUCGUGCCCAGAGUGUGGAAGAGGCUCAUGGUCACUUUUUUCUGGUGCUUCGCACUCUUCUUUGGGUACAAUGAUGUGGCUGUAGGGCUUUUGAUCGCAUGGCUCGUCAUGGUGAGGCAAUUUGCAGUUGGCCCUGCACUUGGGAUUGCCGUGGCAGUCAUUCUCUUGAUCUUGUCCGUCGUGGGGCUUGUUUAUAUCACCAUGAUUUGGCAAAUGGCGAGUGUGAUCUCGGUUCUUGAAGAUGCGUAUGGAAGGAAGGCGAUAGUGAAGAGCAAGGGAUUGAUAAAGGGCAAGAUGGAUCUAUCCGUUUGGUGUUUUCUUGGUGUCUUGGUGUACUCCGUGCUGGUUCAGGCUCUGUUUGAAUCCCAUGUGUUCUUCGACUUGGUUCCUAUUGGAGUCAAGAUUGGGGUUGGGUUGAUCUGCUUGAUGUUGCUGUCGAUGCUGGUGCUCUUCGAUUUGGUCGUGCAGACAGUGAUCUACUUCGUCUGCAAGUCCUACCAUCGGGAGAACAUCGACAGCUCCUGCUUGUCUGAUCACCUCGAGGGCUGUCUUGGAGACGGCCCCUCUGAAGGCCAAAAGGCUGUCCAGCUUGAGCAGCUUGAAGUCUGA